AUGAGGACGACGUAUCGACCCCUGUCGCUACCGCGCGUCCCACGCUCACAGCAGCUCACAGUAAACUUGAUACCCGACCCAAUCACGCCCAAUGCGCACGCCUUACUAGCGACGCCCAUUUCCUUCCCGUCGCUACUGCGCCGUUCACGUCAAGUACGUGAUGGCGCUCAUUUUUCGUACGUGUCGCCACUUCCGCUCUCGUUUCCGUACGACAUCAAAGUCGACCCGCAAGAAGAUGAGUCCAUGCAAGUGGAAUCGUACUUCCGUGCGUUGGAGCUGCCUACGCCGCCUGCAGGCACAUCGCGAUGCCAGGCCAUCGCCGCUGCGCGGCAGCGGACCGCCACCUACCCGUCAGCGCGACUCGUAGCGUUUUCUCCGCCGACGCACGAAGCAUACCUGCCUCACUUGGACGUCGGCGAUGCCUAUACGUGGAUCCAGUCGACAUCAGGCACGCCGACCGCGUAUAGUUCGGGUCCGGCGCUCGCCACCGAGGGCGAUGCACAUAUGUGGGGCACAGCCUCCGCGGAUCCAGCAAUGGCACGGCAGGCGGUAAGUGACUGGGCGUCCGGGCGCGCCUACAGUGUCGAUAUCGAAGAAGGUGUGCGCGUACGUGACGAUGAUGGCACAGGCGCCGCGUUCCUGGUCCGCGACGAAGAGGCGGCAGCCAAUACGAAGAACGCCCUGGCAGCACUGUACCAGCGCACAUCGUAUGGGCCCUGGUCCCUGCGGUACGGCGGGCACCAGUUUGGCGAGUGGGCGGGCCAGUUGGGCGAUGGACGUGCUGUCUCGCUGCUGGAAACGCUGCACCCAGACACACAAGCGCGGUGCGAAGUGCAACUGAAAGGCGCGGGACGUACACCCUAUUCGCGCUUUGCCGAUGGCCUUGCGACGCUCAAAAGCUCUGUACGUGAAUUUCUCGCGUCCGAGUACAUGGCUGCCCUGGGCAUUCCGACCAGUCGUGCGCUGUGUGUGGUGGCACUGCCGGACGUCCCUGUGGAGCGUGAAACACGUACGAGCGCGGCCGUGACGAUGCGGCUGGCUACGUCGUGGCUGCGUAUCGGCAACUUUGAGAUCCAUGCGCGUCGGCAGGAAUGGGAGAGUGUGCGUGUCUUGGGCGAGUUUGUGGCGCGUGACUUGUUUGGCUGGGACGAUGUCGUGAAAGGGGAGUCGAGCGCCUCGCGACCGCCCUGGGCGAAGCGACUCGUGUACGAAGUGGCACGGCGCAAUGCCAAGACCGUGGCCCUGUGGCAAGUGUACGGGUUUAUGCAUGGCGUGAUCAAUACAGACAACAUGGCGCUCACGGGCGAAACGAUCGACUAUGGCCCGUAUGGGUUUAUGGACGUAUUUGACGAGCAUCGCGCAUGCAAUCAUUCAGACUGGAUGCACAGGUACUCGUACGAGAAACAGCCCACAAUGCUACUCUAUGCGAUUGACCGCCUCUGUGAUGCCCUGGCGCCUAUAUGGGGCUGGGAACGUGCUCACAACCAAGCGCCAUCGCCGGGCGAAUGGGGCGCUCUGCCUGAGAACGAACGGCAGAUGUAUGCAGACCAGCUGGACGACGAACGCGAGGCACUGCAGACGUGGCUGCGUGAGACGAUUUUAGAAGAGUGGGCCGCCGGCUGGUGUCGUCGGUUGGGCGUGGCGAUGACGACGCCGACGCACGUCAAGGACGAGUUGGUCGAUCCACUCCUCGAUGCCAUUCAUGGCCUGGAUAUGACGCGGGCAUUGCGGGCGUUGUGUGCGUGGAGCGACGAGGGUGACCUCUCCACGUUGGCCUCAGCGAUGGUCCAGGCGGCCACGUGCGAGCAAGCGCCGCCCCGCGCGGAGGCACACGAGCGAGUGACGCAGUGGCUCGGGACGUACCGAGCGUGGCGUCAGGCGCACCCUGCGCCUACGCCCAUCGAUCUGCGGCACACGAAUCCGCAGUUUGUGUUGCGCAACUGGAUCACCGACGUCGUAGCCGAACGGCUGGAGCAGGCACAUGACACGGCGUACUUGGAGCAAGUGCGUGCGAUGUGUGCACAGCCAUUUGCGGCAUGCACGACGCCAGAGACACGUGCAUUGUGCGAGAUCGGGGCGCUGGUGCAAGAUUAUAUGCCAUCUUGCUCGUCGUAA